UACCCCCACAUGCGCUGUUCCUGCAGACUGUUCAGUGGAACCCUGCACCACACAGCUCCACGGUUUGGGUACAGCUGACCAAAAGGACACAAUGGCUCUGACAAACCCUAUGCCCAUGGGCCCUUGGAAGAUCACCGUCUACGAUCAGGAGUACUUUCAAGGCACUCGCAGGGAGUUCACCGCCUGCUGCCAGAACAUCAUGGAGUGUGGGAUGGAGAACAUCCGCUCCCUGAAGGUGGAGUGCGGCGCCUGGGUGGGCUACGAGCACUCCAGCUUCUGCGGCCAGCAGUUUGUGCUGGAGAAGGGUGAUUAUCCUCGCAUCGAGGCUUACAACGGCAGCAACUCCUACCGCAUCGAGAGGAUGAUCUCCUUCAGGCCCAUCUGCUGUGCCAACCACAAGGAGUCCCGCAUGACCAUCUUCGAGAUGGAGAACAUGAUGGGCCGUCAGUUUGAGCUGUGUGACGACUACCCCUCCCUGCAGGGCAUGGGCUGGAUGAACAAUGAGGUCGGAUCCAUGCAGAUCCACACUGGAGCCUUUGUGUGCUAUCAGUACCCUGGAUACCGUGGCCACCAGUACAUCAUGGAGUGUGACUGCCACGGAGGAGAGUACAAAUGUUACCGUGAGUUUGGCUCCCACGCCCAGACUCCCCAGAUCCAGUCCAUCAGGAGGAUCCAGCACUGAAAAGGGAGAGGAUUUCCUUCACUCCUCACUUUCCCCCCUCUCUCUUUUCCUCUCUCUCCCCACACAUUUCUGUCCCUCCUUUUCUUUUUCCUGUCCCACAACCUCCAACCGCCCCAACUCUGCUGAUCCGACUGGUCAAAGCAGGACCUGGGACUGAACCUCAGGUGCUUACUGACGUCAGUGGUUCCCUGCACAUUUGCUUUUCUUUAUUUUUAUUUUAAAGGAAACAACAUAAAUAAAGGAAAGUUAUAUGAAAGACAGAAAUUAGGAAUGACAGAUAUGAAAAAAAGGGGAUUGCUCCAGCAUGGGGAUGAAAACAUUUCUAACUUCAAUGCUCUUUUCAUUCUCCUCCACGGAUGGCUUCCAACCACAACAACCGCCAGUCUUGGUGUUGAUGUGAUAUCAAUGACUGCUUGUGUUUUAAGAUGAUAAAUAAAGAAAAUGGUCAAAGAAAAAAGACAGUUUGAUGAUAA